UGUCAACUAAUGAGAGGGGCGGAUGCUGCUGUCUAUGGCGGCGCGUCGAAGUCCUCUUACUUUUCUGGGAAAUUGAUACCAACAACAUUAAAAAACGGCUGGGGGAUUUUUUAAUGUUGGUGAACCACUUAAUCCGGGAUAACAACACACACUAUUUCAGCAUAGCGCCCGGACGGCCACUGACCACGGUCAGUGUGAAGCCCGUGAUUGGAAAACCAUGCCUGUUCCUGCCAGAUACCUCAGCAACUCCCCGGCCGUGGCCUUCGCAUCCUCGGCCUCGCUUAUCCCACCGCCGCCGAUCAACACACGUCAGCCCGGCGUUGUUACUUCGCUCCUCUACAGCGGGUCUAGGUUUCGAGGCCACCAGAAGAGUAAAGGAAACUCUUAUGAUGUAGAAGUUGUUUUGCAGCAUGUUACUAUGGAGGAUUCCUUCCUGUGUGGCUACUUGAAGAUUAAGGGUCUAACAGAGGAAUACCCAACCUUGACCACAUUCUUCGCUGGAGAAAUUAUCAGCAGGAAGAGGCCAUUUCUGACCCGGAAAUGGGAUGCAGAUGAAGACGUGGAUCGAAAGCAUUGGGGCAAGUUCCAAGCCUUCUACCAGUAUGCGAAGACCUUCAACUCGGAUGAGUUUGACUACGAGGAGCUGAAGAAUUCGGACUACAUCUUCAUGAGGUGGAAGGAGCAGUUCUUGGUGCCCGACCACACCAUCAAAGACAUCAGUGGGGCUUCCUUUGCAGGCUUCUACUACAUCUGCUUCCAGAAGUCAACGGCCACCAUUGAGGGUUUCUACUACCACCGGAGCUCUGAAUGGUACCAGUCCCUGAACCUCACCCACGUCGCGGAACACAGCGCUGCCAUCUACGAGUUCCGGUGACCCCGGCCACUGUGUCCCGACCGCAGGACUGAGGACCAGGGAGGAGGGCUUAUAGACACUACUGACAGGGAGGAGGGGCGAAGGAAAUGGGAGGGCCGAGCAUGGUUUGAAGGGGGCGGUCCAUGGAAACGGUUCUAUUUUCAAGAAGAAAUAAAUCUAUAUACUAUUGAUUAUGAUACAAAAGAACACGCCCCCGUCCGCCUGCCUGCCUCGGACUGGCCAGGGCGGGGGUGAAGCCGGACUACUUGGUUGGAAUAACCUUAUGAACAAACCAUUUCCUUUUUUAAAGAGCGCAAAGAGGGAGAGAGCGAUGUGGAUGGGGAAGCAGGGAGGAGCCGACGUGACGGAAGACAAGUUCACUGUCGCUGCAUAGAGGGAGGAUGCAAAGUGCGACCCGAGGGUUUUUACAAUAUAGUGUUAUUUUGUUUUUCGCUUAAUUUUCCAAGUUUGGAUUGUAAGAAUUUCUCAUGGGCUCCCAAGACCUUCUGUUUUUUUUUUUUGCAAGAUAUCUCAGAAGACUUUGUGAAACCAAUUUUUGGGGAUUUCAUUUUGUUUGCCGGCAGAGAUUGCAUCAGUUGUUGAUUGGACCGAUGCGGAAAGAGUGCUAUGUGGUCUUUGACUGGUCUUUUUGAAUGAAAAGAGGAAACUUUUUAAAGAAACUAAAUGAAUAUAUGUUGUGGAAUAAAGAAGAAAAAAAUGUUUUAACAAGAGUUCAUAGGUAGAGCUUUUCACGAUUGUGGAUCUGAGCUUUAAUGACUUUAUAACAGAAAAUGACAGUAUUUUUUCUAUUAUCGUCUACACAGAGAGAUUUUGUUAUUCCUUCUCAACAGCAUCGCUUGUACACACUAUUACUUUCUGUACGACUACGUCAUGAUUUCAUUUUCAGAGUUUUUGACACACGUAGUGAUCCAGUGAGCCAGAUCCUACAUCCCGAGGCGGUCGACGAUUGGCCAUAUUCCACAGGAUUUAUUGAUAACUAAAAUCACGAAAUGUAAACGGUCAACACGGCGUUCAUCAUCGACACUGAUGACGUGUCGUCACGUCCUGACGUCAAGGCCACGGUCCAAUUUGUACAGAUCCGACCUCUUUAAGGUGCUGUAGGUAAGAUCUACGAGCUAUUAUUUCAGUGUGUUAUGUUAGAAAUUACCUAGCGACCCGUCAGCUUUUAUCUGUCUGACUGACUGCGCCUGCCUCUUUAUGAGACCAUUUCGAUGUUAGAAUGCUCCCAAAAAUAUGUCUUUACAAUCAAGGCAUUAUUUCCCUGAUUGAUUUGAUGAAUCCACCUUGGCCUCCAACACAAUCGCAAACACAACGUAAGCAUAGCUCCUCCAUAGGUGUGGGAAUGCAUCCUUAUUUAAAAAUAUUUUCUGCUUUGCAAUUCUCAAGUCUUACCUACAGCACCUUUUAUUGUCUUAUUGUUGACGUGAUACAACGAGAGUUAGUCCGAGAGCUCCACCAGGGAUGUUGACGGCUGCUAAAAAAAAAAAAAAAGCGACACAAUUUUUAGACUGUUUAAAUAAUCGAUUGACUUAUGUGUUUGUGUUGAUGUGAGUGAUGGGCAUUUGUAUUUGGCACUGCAAGGGAAUACUGUGUGUACAGUUCGACAUUUGCACACCACUGCAUUCGCUGGAACACGCAACUCCAAGAUCCAUGGAUUUUUUUUUUUACUGGCGAGAAAAAACAAUCACAUUGAAGUAUUACCUUUUAGUCAUGUUCUCCUUCCAGGGGUUUCGCCUGGUGAACAAAGAGCCUUUCUUCCUUUAUCAUCUACUGUUCUACAUAACAUUUUGCCCCCCACACCCCCUUCUUUUGUUCACACACACACACACACAGGUUUCAAACUAUGCAACAGUGUCAGCGUAGCAUUCUUCAAACAUUAGCUCAUGUUUUCAGAGACAGAGUUUAUUAUAUCCUUAUAGUGUAAAGAAGAACCAUAUUCAACAGAGCAACAUUCUUUUUUUCUUUUUCGGGGUGUGUGAAGUUGCCUUGUAAGCAAUCCUGUUUUGCUCCCCCUAUUCAUUUUCCCUUUUUACAUGAUGGUGCCAUCUUUUUAAAAGAGUAUCAAAGUUUUAUCGGAACAGCUAGAGAGUAUGUGUGGGGACAUGGCUUGACAUGGCUGAUGACGUGGCUGUGCAAUGGAUUAAAAUACAUAUCUAAACAAGA